UUUCGCUGCAAUCAAAAUUGAAGUGUCGUCUCGCGGUGCUGUAAAUUCAUUCCAUGGAAAACGACGCAAGUGUUCCUAAACAGAGAACCAUGGUGCAAGCCAAAGUAUGGAUCCUUCGCAAGCACUUCGAUGGCUUCCCCAAAGAUAGCGAUUUUGAGCUGAAGGAGGAACAGCUACCUGAGCCCAAGGAUGGAGAGAUACUGCUGGAGGCUGUGUUUCUCAGCGUAGACCCUUACAUGAGGCCUUUCAGCCGCGUGCGAAUGAAGGAGGGAGAUGUGAUGAUCGGAACACAAGUGGCCAAGGUGUUGCAGAGCAAGAACCCAGCGUUCCCCGAGGGCGCUCACGUGGUCAGCAGGGCGGGCUGGAGGUCCCACACCCUAUCAGACGGCUCCGGAGUCCAGCUCCUGCUCUCUGAUUGGCCGAAUGAUGUGUCACUCUCCCUGGCACUGGGCGCCAUUGGCAUGCCAGGGCUGACUGCCUUAUAUGGUUUGGAGGAAGUGUGCCAGCUGAGGGCAGGCGAGACGCUAUUGGUCAACGCGGCGGCAGGUGCCGUGGGAACGGUGGUGGGCCAGAUCGCCAAGCUGAAGGGAUGCCGUGUGGUCGGCUCGGCCGGCAGCGACGCCAAGGUGGCCUACCUGAAGGAGUUGGGCUUUGAUGUGGCCUUCAACUACAAGACCGUGCCCUCGCUGGAACAAGCACUCAAACAGGCCGCACCAGAGGGAUAUGACUGCUUCUUCGAGAACGUGGGUGGUGCCUUCUCCAAUGCUGCCAUUCCCCUGAUGAGGCCUCUGGGGAGGAUAGCGGUGUGUGGAGCCAUCUCCACCUACAAUGACACAAGCCCACAGACAGGCCCGUUCCCUCACCUGACGAUGAUCAUGAAUCAGCUGCGCAUGGAGGGCUUCAUGGUGGGCCGCUGGGAGAACAAGAACCCAGAGUCACUACGCCGCCUGCUGGCCUGGAGGAAAGAGGGUAAACUGAAGACUCCUGAGCAUGUGACUAACGGUUUUGAGAAUAUGCCCAAAGCCUUCAUGGGCAUGCUCAGAGGGGAGAACCUGGGCAAGGCCAUCAUCAAGGCCUGAUCCCGCCCCACAGCCACCACAUCCACCAAUGAGGUUGCCUACAACAGCCUCAUACACCAAUGAGGGCACCCAGCCUUGAUGGAUGACACCUCCAACCAAUCACACACUCUGGAUCUGGCAGGGACUCGGGAACACUUUACAUUACAGAUCGCUAAUAAGUUGGCAUGGUAAUUUCUCUGUAAUUUCAGCAUAGUAAUCAUUUAUGACCACAUAUCACAAGUAAUUACCAGCAUAAUCAUUAGAUUUACAUACAGUACAUGUGCACAAGCAGAUGUAACACAGGUGUGUGUGUGUGUGUGUGUGUGUGUGUGUGUGUGUGUGUGUGUGUGUGUGUGUGUGUGUGUGUGUGUGUGUGUGUGUGUGUGUGUGUGUGUGUGUGUGUGUGUGUGUGUGUGUGUGUGUGUGUGCUCGCGUGGGUGUACAUUGUUCAUGUACAUGCAUCUGAGUGUCCAUUAAGCUGAGCAACAGUAAGGAUACAGCAUAGUAAUUAAUUGAAAUGUGGCCAUAAAUGAUUAUGUUGAAAUGACAAAAUUUACCACACAAUUGCCACCUGUAAUGUUAAGUGUAACCGACCUGUUAAAUGAUGUGUGGGUGGAGUAUAUUUUACCAAGAAGGAACAUGUUUUCACUUAAACCACAUAUCAUAAUAAUCAAAUAACCGUCUGUCCAUCAUCAUGCGGUUUCACAAGUAUAGCCAAUAUACUGUAUGCUGUAAUCUUUUAAACUAUUGACAACAGGUAUGGUGUUUUCUAAAGACCGAUUGAUUUACAAUCAACAUUUGACAUACAGGUACUCACACCAUUACCAGUCAAUUCCCAAUAACUCAGUAUUGCUAUAAUUUUGCCUUAAGAAGGGAAAUGAAUUGGUUUGCCAUGAUUUGUUUGACACAUUGAGAGUAUUCUCAAUGACUCGACAUGUUUAUGUAUAAGCUGCAACACAGUAAUUACUCAAUGCUUAAUACUGCCAAAAAGGCAUUAACGAUGAAAGUGAAUUCUUGAUGUGUUUUCUAAUGCUGAACACAUGAUUUAAAAAAAAAAAAAAUCUCAGUUAUGUGAGAGUAGACAAUAUUUGGUGAAGCACAUUUUGUUUUGAAGUUGUGUUUUACACAUUUGAACUCCAUGCCCAUGGCUUCUUAACUUGUUUUAAGUACGUAUUGUGUUAUCCAACAUUGCUUUUUUAUUGUUUGACUUCAUUUAUGCACACAUCAAUCAAUAACCAGCAUUUCUGUUAAUAUGUGAACCUUUUUGACCACAGCGAAGGGAAAGUCUGAGACAUUUCACAAUCUGACUGAAUUAGAAUUAGCAUUUUUUGUUGUUGUUGUACUUUGUCAAUCUUUGAAUUUUAUUAGACUCUCCUCUUGUUCAGUAGCAAUGACCGUGGAAUUACGACAACUGGGGGAGAGUGUGUGAUGCAUUCUAAAUGCCAACUCUUGCUGACGUACAGCUUUGGCACUGUACUGCCCACUGUUGUUCCUAAAAUAAAUAAAUAUUUUAGGCUUUUUCAAAACAGUUGAGUGAAGAGUUGUUUAUUUCCUGUCUUCCUUAUAUGCA